AUAUACCUGCUGAAGAACAAGCAAUGCUAAAAGAAAUUAGCGAAAAGGAUGAUGUUCAGAUAGUUCAGCUGAGUUGUCACACUGACGAAGGCGUGAUGGAGGCGAGAAAUUUGGCAUGCGACAAAUUAUUAGCUGCUCGUGUUGAUUUCAAAUUGAGAGGUUCAAAGAUCAAUGAUGUUAUUAACAAAAUUCAUCUCGCUGAACCGGUUGCGCGUGACGAUAUACCACGUCCACCUCAUAUCCCCGAAGGAGUGAAAAGUCGACCUAAGUUUGAUAUCAAUGAUCCUAAAAGGCCCAAAUUGGAAAGGGAUUUGGAAGCAGAAGGUGGCGGUCCUGGUGUAUAUAGUGUUGAUCUUAAGAAACAAUAUGAAUUUAAAAGUGCCGAAUGGAAAUAUGACGUAAUCCCAGAAGUUAUGAAUGGCAAAAACGUUGCCGACUUUAUUGACCCAGAUAUUGAAGAAAAAUUAGAUGCUUUAGAGCGUGAAGAAGAACGUUUGGAGGCUGAUGGACAUUACGAUUCAGAGGAAAACAUGAUAGAUUCUGAAGAAGAAGAAAUGAAUAAAGUCGCCGAAACAAUUC